CGGAACUUCUUCCAUCUUCCCCAGGUCCUUCGGAAUACCUUUACAAGAUGCCGUUUUCUCUCGCCUGGCAAUACAUUUCUCCUUAUGACGACCUAUGAACUUGCCCUCACCCUUGGCCUUUUCGCCACUCUCUUUGUUGUCUUCACCCUCAAACCGCGUAGGCUGACAAACCUACCGCCGGGUCCUGCACCGACUAGCUGGCUGGUCGGCAAUCGCAACCAGGUUCCGCAGUCCAAGCCGUGGAAAUGGUUCCAAGAGCUCAACGAACGCUACGGGCCUGUGGUUUAUCUUCAGCUAGGCCGGACCCCAACGGUCGUUCUCGGAAGUGCGCAAGCAGCGUGGGACAUCCUCGAGAAGAAGUCGCCGAUAACAAGCGCGCGCCCGCGAUUCAUCAUGGGCCAGGAAAUCAUGAGCAACAACAUGCGCGGGCUCAUGGCGAGCAGCGGCCCACUUUGGAAGCGCUGGCGGAGGGUGCUUCAUGGCGCAUUCAUGCAGAAGACAGCCGACACUUACAGGCCAAUUCAGAGUCUCGAAUCAAAGCAGUUGAUGGCGGAACUCCUCAAGACACCUGCUAAGUACCGUGAGCAUCUUGAGCGGUAUGCAACCUCGGUCAUUGUGGUCAUCACCUAUGGUCGCCGCGUUCACAACAUCUACACUGAUGAGGUCGUCUGUCGCAACCGGGAGACGCAGCAAUACCUCAUCAGCAUCAAUAUACCGGGUAAAUAUUUGGUCGAAAGCAUCCCCGCACUUCUAUACCUCCCCAACUUCCUCACGCCUUGGCGCACUGCUGCUCUCCAACAACGCGCUAAAGAUAUCAAAUACCUCACUCGUUUGGUGAACGAGGUCAAAUCUAAUAUGGAAGCUGGUCGCGCGCAACCCUCGUUCUGUCGGAAACUGCUAGAAGACCGAGAGAAGAACGACAUGACCGAUCUUGAAAUCGCGUAUACGUGUGCAACUCCCUUUGGGGCUGGCGUGGAGACUAGUGCGGGGAGUCUCUCCUCAUUCAUGCUUGCCUGCGUGGCUUUUGGACCAACCUUCAUCCCUCGCGCGCAAGCCGAAUUGGACUCUGUCGUUGGUUUUGACCGACUUCCCUCUUUUUCCGACUACGACUCGCUCCCGUUUAUACGUGCUAUCGUGAACGAGACUCUCCGCUGGCGGCCUGUGGCGGUAUUAGGCGGCACUCCUCAUGCAAGCACUGAAGACUUGGUCUAUGAAGGAAUGUACAUUCCAAAGGGCAGUACGAUCAUUGCCAAUCUUUGGGGAAUCCACUUGAACCCAGUUGAUUUCCCUGACCCGCAUACAUUCAAUCCUGACCGGUUUAUGGAGGCGCGCGACUACCCGGGACCAUGGCAGCACUCAAGUUUCGGGUAUGGCCGUCGAGUUUGCCCGGGAAUGUACCUUGCUGCGAACAGCACUUUCAUCAAUAUUGCGCGAAUCUUGUGGGGAUUCAAUGUCUGCAAAGCACGUGACGACUCGGGCCAAGAGAUCGAGGUGGACACGUUUGCGUAUACGGACGGGUUCAACAGCGUCCCGUUGCCCUUUCCCGUUUCUAUCACACCCAGGAGUCUUUCACAUGAGGCGGUUAUUAUGCGCGAAAACGAGGUCGCGCAGGAGGAGAUGUGUGCUUAUGAUCACUGA